CAUAACCCCAUUUCAAUUACCGAAAUGGGGGGUUGUGUAUCCUCAAACGCGACGCUCUUAUUCAGGAUCAGAAACAAACGCAUCGUAAAAUCCCCAGAAGAACAGGGGGAGAGCGGAGCAACAAGCGGAGGUGGGCGUAAAGGUCGAACGAAAUGGUCGCGUCCUUCGAAUGUGCUCCGUUUGGAAGACGUAGCCGGAGAAGAUAUAAACGAAAAAUACAAAUUGGGUAAGGAAAUGGGGAGAGGAGAAUUCGGCGUUACGUAUGAGUGUGUAGAUCGCGAUAGCGGUGAGAGUUUGGCUUGUAAGAAAAUAUCCAAGAGUAAAUUGAGAACAGAGAUUGAUGUUGAAGAUGUACGAAGGGAGGUUAAGAUAAUGAAACGAUUGCCUUUACAUGAUAAUAUUGUUAGGUAUAAAGAAGUGUUUGAAGAUAAGGAAGAUGUUUAUCUUGUUAUGGAGCUUUGUUUGGGUGGGGAACUUUUUGAUCGGAUUGUUGCUCGUGGUCAUUAUACUGAACGUGGUGCAGCUAAUAUUACAAGGACCGUCCUUGAGGUAGUCAAGGUUUGCCAUGAGCAUGGAGUAAUUCAUAGGGAUUUAAAGCCAGAAAACUUCUUAUACGCAGACGAUUCUGAAAAUGCUCAACUCAAGGCAAUCGAUUUCGGUCUCUCAAUCUUCUUCAAGCCAGGUCAGAAAUUCAAUGAAAUAGUAGGGAGUCCGUAUUACAUGGCGCCGGAAGUUCUGAGACGAAAUUAUGGACCUGAAAUUGAUGUAUGGAGUACCGGUGUCAUCCUUUACAUUUUGCUAUGUGGCGUUCCUCCUUUUUGGGCAGAAACAGAAGAAGGAAUUGCGCAUGCCAUAGUUAAAUGUGAACUAGAUUUUAAAAGAGAUCCAUGGCCUAAACUUUCAGAAGAUGCUAAAGAACUUGUUAAAGGAAUGCUUGAUCCUAAUCCUUUCAGUCGCCUUACCGUUGCGGAAGCCCUAGAUCAUCGUUGGAUUCAUGAUGCUCAUAAAGUCCCUGAUAUUCCUCUGGGAGAGAACGUUCGAGCCAGAAUUAAGCAAUUUGCUUUGAUGAACAAAUUCAAGAAGAAGGCUCUCAGUAUAGUUGCAGACAACUUACCAGAAGAACAAGUGGCUGGACUAAAGCAAAUGUUCCACAUGAUGGACACAGACAAAGAUGGACAUUUAAGUUUAGAAGAGCUAAAAGAAGGCUUAAGAAUGAUCGGCCAAAAUGUUCCCGAUAACGACGCCAAAUUGCUAAUGGAAGCUGCGGAUAUUGAUGGGAAUGGAAUGCUGGAUUGCGAAGAAUUUGUGACAAUGUCAGUUCACCUUAAACGAAUAACAAACGAAGAUGAAGAGCAGCUUCAACGAGCGUUCAAUUACUUUGACAAAAAUGGGAGCGGUUACAUUGAAUUUGAGGAACUUAGACAAAGUUUGUUAGAGGACAACAUUAUUGUUGCUAACAAUGAUCAGAUAAUCCGCGAUAUCAUAUUUGACGUCGACUUAGAUAAGGAUGGAACUAUAAGCUAUGGCGAAUUCCGAGCUAUGAUGACAACCGGAGUAGAAUGGAAGAUGGCGUCGAGACAAUACUCUAGAGCGUUGUUAACUGCACUAAGCCAAAGACUCUUUAAGGAUAAAUAGACACAACUAAUACUAAUUUAUACUUACAUUUAAAAUAUAU